AUGGGCGCUGCACUGACAUCACCGCUCCCGCAUCGUCCUCCGACUAACGUGUGCAAUCACCUACUGGUUGCGCCGGAUGCGCCACCUAUUUUCCGACACCAUCCACAUGCUUCCGCUCAAACCAAGAAACAGUCGGUAUUUGCCGCCGGAUGGAACUGGUCCAAAAAAGCUGCACAGCAG